CUUGUCCUGGAUAUGCAGAAGAUAGAUGAGAUAUGGAUACCAUAUCGAUACUUGUAAAGACAAAUAAAGACCAGUAAACGUUUUCCAAUCUGUUUUGUCGUAUCAAUAAAUAGUCAUUGCAAAUAUUGUUUCUACAAUCAAUUAUCAAGCCUCUAUUAAACUUAUUUCGCUUAUCAAAAUAUUGCGCCAGGUAGCCAUUAGCCUAAUGAACCCUCCAGAUGGCUAUCAAUGGGAGCGGGAAGCCCUGACCUUGACCAAGCAAUCAGUUAAUACCUAUGUAAAUAUGUGUACACCUGUGUAUGUGUGUGUGUGUGUGUGCUUAUAAAUAGUGCCAGGCAAUGCUGUGCCACAACAUUGCGGUAAUUUGUGCGCUUAGUCAUGGUCGGCAGCCAGGUGAGCGUCUCCUCGCUCUCCGCGCGCAUCUUGCGCGGCGCCUACUGCUAUGCCACAAUGCUGGGAUUCAUUUGCUUUGGCAUCAAGGGCAAUCGAGCGGAUGGGUGCCUGGUUGCCCGGAAUCGCUACUGGUACAAGUGGUUCUGUCUGCUGUCGCGUAUCUUCAUCUGUGGCAUUUAUACCAGCAUUAGCCUUGACUAUAUCAAGAGCCUGGAUAAUCCGCAUUUGGUGAUACUCUCGUGGAUCCGGCUGGUCGGCUGUAUGAUCUGUGCCUGCGUCAUUCUGCUGAUGCAGUUCUGGUUUGGCCAGCAGGUGCUGUGCGUGGUCAACAGCUAUUUCCGGCUGUUCCGGAAGGUCAACGCGUUGCCCGGCUGCGAGGAUCAGGGUUUCGGCGGCAAGCGUGAGCUCAGUCUGCUGAUCUUCAAGCUGAUUUGCCUGCUAAAUGAGCUCUUCUGCGAGCUUCCCAUGUUCUUUACCGGUCUCAAUCUGCGACUUGUUGUUAGCCUGCUCGUGGAUAUCUAUAUCAGUGUGAAUGCCACCAUGAUCGGACACAUGUGCUUCGUGGGCUAUCUCAGCGUGGGCGCCCUCUACGCCCGCGUCAACCGUUAUGUGCGCCAGCAGCUGCGCCGCCAGCUGCGCGGCCUGGAGCAGCACGAUGGCUACCAGGCCAGUCGGCGGCAGCUGAGAGCCGCCGGCUACCGGCUGGACGAGUGUCUGGGCAUUUACGAUGAGAUUCAGCGUGUGGGCAUCGCCUUUCAUCGCCUCAUGGAGCUGCCGCUGUGCCUCAUUCUGCUCUUCGCCUUUCUCAGCAUGACCCUGGUCUCCUACUUCAUCAUGCUGAACAGAUUCCGUGAUGCCACACUUUGGCUCCUUGUGGUCAGACUCUUCGUCGACGUGGUCCUGCUGACACUGGCCAUUCAUGGAGCCUGCAGCAGCUCGCGAGUGAUUCGCAGGCUCAGCCUGGAGAAUUGCUAUGUGAGUGAACGCAGCGAUUGGGACAUGAAGCUGGAAAUGUUCUUGAGUCGCUUGAAUUUUUACGAGUUUCGAGUACGUCCAUUCGGACUCUUUGAGAUAUCCAACGAGCUGAUAUUGGUCUUUCUUUCCGGCCUGGUUACGUAUCUCACCUACAUACUGCAGUAUGGCAUGCAAACGAAUCAGAUAUGAAAAAAAAAUCGGACCUUUUAGUCCGAUUAUAUUUUAUUUGAACUGGACACCAAGAGCUGUCGGA